AUGGACAACGUGUAAUUCGAAGUCUAGAGCAUUUUGCUUCGUAUAAGAGAUUACAAGAAGUCGAAUCAAUUAGCAGUAGGGUCUUUCGGUUAAAUCUUCACUUCAGGCACUUUAAAUGGACUUUUGAUGUAUGAAGACUCUGAUGAGUAAGUUUCAAUAGCUUUAAUAAAUUUUUAUUCUAAAAUCACUUAUUUAGAAGGAAAACAAGUGUUAGAGAAGAUGGUAGAUGCAGUAUAGAAGAUAACUUCAGUGAAUCAAUUGUUGUUGGAAAAGAAACUAAAAUUUAUAAGAAAUGCAUUCGAGCAUCCAGAACUAGAUGUUCCAAUAAUGAAUAGUCUGAUAAAAAUGAAUAGGCAAAUAGAGUCAAGUGUGCCCAACCUAUUAAUACGAGAAUUGGCGAGAGAUUCAUUGAGUUAAGGAUUAAAAAGAAUGAGUUAGACAUGCAAUGAAGAAUUGCUGAUAGCCGCAUUGCUUGAUUUAAGGAAUGAAGUUCUAUAGUAGAUUGCAAAUAGAAAUAAUGAAACUGUAAAACUCAUAGAGUACCCUUAUUCAAUUAUGAUAUUUAUCUUAUAAUUAAGGAAGCCUUAGUAAUUUAUAAUCCAAUAUUACAUACCAAUGUUGUUAUAAUUAGUGAAAUUUGAUCACCCAGUGAUAUGGAAUUAUUUGAAUUAGGCAUUGUUAUUUGUGUUGAAUUUGAAUAUGCAAGAGAAAUUGGGAGAUGAUUUAUUUGAAACCCGAACUCUAUUUGGAUAGAUUGUGUUAAAGGGAAUAUCAAAUCAUUUGACAAGGUUAUCCAAUAUGUCCAUUACUGAUAUGGCAUAACAAUGUGAAAUAGACACUCACUUUUUUGUCAAAUUUCUAAUAGAGUUGUUUAGUAGUAAAGACAAAAUAAAGUUCAUUUUCAAGAAAUGCGAUAUGAAUCCAUUCUAAAAGCCAGUAUUUCAGGAAGUUGUAUAGAAGAUAUUUGAAUUAAGCAGAGUAUCAAAACGAUUAUAAUGUGAUGAUGGCAGAAUGUUACAAAAAUAAAUUUAUGAAUUAUAGGUGUAAUUAUUCAAAUCUAGUUUAACGAAGAAGAGCUAAUAAGAAACCACAAAAUUGAUUAAAUUUGUGACAGAUUUUACAAAUGAACCCAGAAAUACAAUAAAAGGAAUUCCACAUGAAUAGGUUGUUAAUUUUCUUAAGUAUUGUAAUCUAUAUAAUGAAAAAUUGAUGAUUGAAAUAUUAGGAUGUCACAAGGAAGAGUGUGUUACGAUAAUGGAGAAAUACGUAAACACAUUUGAUUACUCGUAAUUGAGUUUAGUUGAAGGAUUAAGAUUUUUGACAUCUAACUUUUUGUUAUUUGGAGAAAGUUAAAUGAUCGAAAGAGUCUUGAAUUCAUUUACCAUUAGAUAUUUUGAGUAGAAUAAGGACAGUACUUAUUUUAAACAUCCUGAUUAUCUAUUUACUUACACCUAUGCUAUUCUAUUACUUAAUACUGAUCUCUUUAAUAAAACUGUGACCAAACAUAUGUCAUUAGAUGAUUUCAAAAAGACAUGUAAAACAAUAAAUAAUGGCGAAAGUCUUCCUAAUGAUGUUCUAGUUGCUGAUUAUAACAAUAUCCAACAAGAUGAAAUUAAGUGCAUCAGAGAUUUUGCCACUACAGAUGAUCUAAGUUAAUUUGUUUGGGAUAAAUAUUUAGACACAAAAUCUGAGGCCAAAUAAAUUUAUUAAAGCAUGAAUGAAUACUUUGAAAUCUAAACAGAUGAAGAGCAUUAUGGGGAUUUAAUCUUAACUGCCAUGGUUCAUAAUAUAGAAGAACUUAUAGCAUAAACUUAAGAUGUUCAGGAAUUGACUUCUUUUUUAUAAUAAGUUAUUGAUAUCUGUAUUAGCAAUGAUAAGUUGGACAAUGCCUAAUAAAUUCUUAUUAGUGUAAUGAAAAUGAGCAAUGAUUAGUAUGAUAUGUCAAUUUAUGCUGGAUUCUACAUUGCUGAACAAUUGUUACCUUAUACAUAAUAGUUCUAACCCAUCAUAUCUUUAAUCAAUAAUACUAUUAUGCAAAGACAUCAAUUAGCCACUGAUAACAUCAGCAAAGAUUGUAGGAAUGUUCUGAGUAGGAUCAAGUUAAAUAAUAAAUUUACAAAGAAGAAGAUGGGCUCUAAUGAAGGAGUGAUUUAGCUCUUCACUUAGUUUUUAAGAUAAACCACUGACGAGGAAAGUGAAGAUGACUUAUUGAAUCAAUUGCCUAAAUAGGAGGAGUAACAACCAUUAAUUGGGAUCAAAUCUCCCUUUUUACUAUCAAAUCUAAUAAAUUAAACCAAAUUUUUAGACAAAGAAAGAUUGAAUGAAUUUUUAGGUCUUUUGUUGGAUUCUAUUUAAAAUAUCACUGAUUUCAAAAAAGAAUACAUCAAAUUUGCUUAAAUCAUUUUUAUAUCAGUUGAAAUCUUGAGAGUCAAUACUGAUAGACUACUAUAGUUUUGGCCUACUGUUGUCAACAUUCUAACUUAAAAACAGAAAUUCGAGAGCAUAAAGAAGAAUUCAAUAAAGUAGUUAUUAUCCUCUUAUUGUGGUUACACAUUAUUAAAAUUAGUGAUAGAAUUUCUGCAUUAGGGAGAAAGUUUAGAAAACUAUUAUGAUUGUUUUAAAUAGGGAUUGGAAUAUUUGGGUGAUCAGUCUCUUGAAAUCUUGUAAGAGUUUUUAAUUGAAAUACAGAAGUUUUUGAAACAAAAUAGUGAAUUAGACUUUUCUAUCAUUUUUCUUAACAAUAUAGUACAACUAUUGUUGACCAUAUUUACUGAAUUGGAGAAGAAGACCUUGGAUUAAACUGACGCUCAAAUCAUAAUGAAUUUGAUUUAAGAUAUUUUUGAGUAGAUUCAGCGAUAUCAAUCUGAAAAAGAAUUGGUCCAAAUUCUAAGAAAACACUUAGAAAUAUUAAACACUCUGCUUAAAUAGAGACAACUCAGAAGUGUGUCAUCCGUAGACGGUUUCAUUGCCAAACACACCUUACAAAUAAUGACUACUUAUGAAAAAUAUAUUCAUGAAUAGGAUAAUGCAUUUCUGAAUGAUCUUUUAUCAUUGGCACUGAAUCUGUCAAAUGAACAUCUGCAAAAGAUCAUAUAAAUCAUGAUGUAGGUUAUCUUGAAUUACAAAUACAUUGAUUUAAAAGAAAAAGAAUUUUCUAUUCUCUUCAAUUAAGUUACUUCUAGAUAACAAUAGAUUCUCUAAACAAAUAAUGAUCAAAUGCUGGUCAAUUAUUCACAAAAUCUUUAGAAGAUGUACUUCAACUGGAUUCAAAAGGACAGAUUUUCACUCUAAUUAUGGUUGGAUAUUCUGAAGAAGUUCGGUGAGAUCUUGGCAAAUUUAAAGUAAAAUAAGAGUCCUCUUUAGGAGAAUGUCAGUUUGUCAUUUUAGUGUGUUUGUCAAAACUAGUAUUUCUAAGAUAUUUUGAAAGCACAAAGCAAUGAUGUUUAGGAGAAGACAAAACAAUUUGGGAAAUAACACAAUUUAGAGCUAUUAACUUGA